AUGUAUUGGUACUCCUGGUUAUCAAAAACUAGCCUCGACCCAUCCCUUAUACAUAAGUAUGGCCUCACUUUCACUCGCAAUGAGCUCCAAGAAGAGGAUCUAACCUACUUCAACCAUGAGUUUCUUCAGAGCAUGGGCAUUCAUGUGGCCAAACACAGGCUAGAGAUUCUCAAGCUUGCUAGCAAGGAGGUUGGCGGAAGCCCAAAUGCCCGGUCAAGGCUUGUUCUGGUGAUCAAGAAAACCAGGAGGCUCCUCACCAAGAACAUUGGCAAGUGGGUUUUUCACAAGGACUCGGGUCAUAUGACUUUGUCAGAGCUAAUGCCUUAUCGGACACAAUGGACAGGAGCAUUGAGAAAGCAGAAUGGCGUGACUGAGCGAAAGCAAGAGAAUGUGAUGGUGACAAAUAGGAGCAUAAUGAGAUCAGGUCCUCUGGACAGAAAGGUGCAGGAAAAGUUGAUGGGCACAAAUAGGGGUUUAAGUAUAUCUGGGCCUUUAGAUGGGAAGGUACAGGAGAGGUUGAUGUUCACACCAAUUGAUCCAAAGCUCAGGAGGAUACCUAGUGAUGAGGGAGUUCAUUCCCUAUGGUCCUUAAUGUUUCAAGAUAUGAAACCUACUUGAAGGGGA